GGGCUGGUGCUCUUGGGAUACAGGGAGGCUACGGAGCCAAGCCCGCCAAAACCGGAGGAGCUGGGGGUGGUCGUUAUCCAGGGGGGGCUCAGCAGCUUGGAGGAGGGGGAUACAGAGGCCCAGGAGGGGCCGGGGGUAGGGGAGGAUAUGGUAACGGAGGCCAGGGAGGCUAUGGUGCUGGUCUGGGAGCAGGAAAUGGCCAAGGAAUGGGGACGGGAGCCGGACUGGGCUCACAGGGUGGGAAACCACGUGGAGGUGGAGGAUACGGUGGUAAUGGCUAUGGCACACAGCCAGGUUACGGGGCUGGAACUGGAGCCAGAGGCUAUCCACGACCGGGUGCUGGAGCUGGGUAUCCCAAUGGACAGGGAUCUAAGGGACCAAAACCGGGGUAUGGUGCAGGAGCUGGAGUGCCCAAUGGACAGGUUGCUAAACCCAAUGGGUAUGCUGCAGGAGCUGGAGGAGUUCCCACUGGACAGGGUGCUAAACCAUCCAAACAGGGAUAUGGUCCAGGAGCUGAAGUUCCCAGUGAUCAGGGAGCCAAAGGCAAUGGAUAUGGUCCAGGAGCUGGAGCUACCAACGGUGCUAAAAGCAAUGGAUAUGGUCCAGGAGCUGGAGUUCCCAGUGAUCAGGGAGCCAAAGGCAAUGGAUAUGGCCCAGGAGUUGGAGCACCCAACGGUGGUAAAAGAAAUGGAUAUGGUGCAGGAGCAGGAGGUCCCAAUGGUCAGGGUGCUAAACCCAAUGGAUAUGGCCCAGGAGCUGGAGCACCUAACGGGGCUAAAAGCAAUGGAUAUAGUCCAGGAGCUGGAGUUCCCAGUGGUGGUAAAAGCAAUGGAUAUGGUCCAGGAGCUGAAGUUCCCAGUGAUCAGGGAGCCAAAGGCAAUGGAUAUGGUCCAGGAGCUGAAGUUCCCAAUGGUGGGGCUAAAAACAAUGGUAAUGCCAGUUUAAAUAACUGGAUAGCAC